AGCCGCGCGCCCCGCGCGCCGCGCCGGGCCGGGAGCCGCCUGUUGAUCGCAGCUCUAGCCCGGGGCCACGGCACCGCCCCUGCUGGUCGGACCGAGCGCUCAGCGCUCCAAGGCUGCUGCUGGCCAGGACCUUCAGCUUCGGGAUGGGCACAAGCAAGGUGUGAAGCCUCAGGGAGCUGGCCCACUUCAAGGUGCGUGAGAAAGGUCCAUCUCCGAAGCCAUGGCGCUCCCCUUCCAGAAGGAGCUGGAGAAAUAUAAGAACGUCGACGAGGAUGAGCUACUUGGCAAGCUGUCAGAGGAGGAGCUGAAACAGUUGGAAAACGUCCUAGAUGACCUAGAUCCCGAGAGUGCAAUGCUACCAGCUGGAUUCCGACAGAAAGACCAGACCCAGAAAGCAGCCACCGGCCCAUUUGACCGCGAGCACCUCCUCAUGUACCUGGAGAAGGAGGCUUUGGAACAGAAAGACAGAGAGGACUUCGUGCCCUUCACAGGAGAGAAGAAAGGGAGAGUGUUUAUCCCCAAGGAGAAGCCUGUAGAAACUCGUAAAGAAGAGAAAGUGACCCUGGACCCAGAACUGGAAGAAGCCUUGGCCAGUGCCUCUGACACUGAACUCUACGACCUUGCAGCUGUCCUUGGAGUCCACAAUUUGCUCAACAAUCCCAAGUUUGAUGAAGAGACAACCAAUGGCAAAGGUCGCAAGGGGCCUGUAAGGAAUGUCGUCAAAGGUGAAAAGGCCAAGCCAGUGUUUGAGGAGCCACCGAACCCCACAAAUGUGGAAGCAAGUCUGCAGCAGAUGAAGGCCAAUGACCCCAGCCUUCAGGAGGUCAAUCUCAACAAUAUCAAGAACAUUCCAAUUCCAACCCUGAAGGAAUUUGCGAAGGCCCUGGAGACCAACACCCAUGUGAAGAAGUUCAGCCUGGCUGCAACCCGGAGCAAUGACCCUGUGGCCCUUGCCUUUGCAGAUAUGCUGAAAGUCAACAAGACCUUGAAAAGUCUAAAUGUAGAAUCCAAUUUUAUCACUGGAACUGGAAUCCUGGCCCUGGUGGAAGCGCUUCGGGAGAAUGACACCUUGACAGAGAUCAAGAUUGACAACCAGAGGCAGCAGCUGGGAACGGCAGUGGAGAUGGAGAUCGCUCAGAUGCUGGAAGAGAACUCAAGGAUCCUCAAGUUUGGAUACCAGUUUACCAAGCAAGGGCCACGGACAAGAGUAGCAGCUGCCAUCACAAAAAAUAACGACCUGGUUCGCAAGAAGAGAGUUGAAGGAGACAGGAGGUAAACUUCUGUAGAAGAGCUGAAGCCUCGCCGUGCAGCCAUCUGGAAAACAGGCAUAAAUCCAUCCUCCUUUCCACGGGACCAUUUUAUCUAAGGCCACUCAUUUCCGUUAACCAUUACAUUAUAAUUUUAAACAGUACUCUCUUUCAGCACUGCUUAUUUAUCUAAGGUUCUGAAAUGUGUGUAGCAGUUUGACUUGAUCCUGGACACACCUGGCAGCCUGCACAAGUAGGCUGAUACAGCUCUUAGACACCCUGGAGAUGAUCUUAGCCACUUCCAUACUUUGGUAGCAAGUUGUCUUGCUUCCUUCCAUGAACGCUGUUUUUUAAUGAUGGAAAGGGACUCAGCAUGUGCUGUGUGUUUGUAGCUGAUUACCUGGUAGAGGCCUAUCUCUGUUUACAUGCAUUGCUUUGAGUUAGGCUCAAUACGUGGGAAGUGUGCCACUGACCACACAAGAAGUUAGCAUUGCCAAUCUUUCACAAAUUCUCCGUUAAUUCCAGUCGAAGAAGAAGAAAAAAAGUCUCUACAUGCACAUGCCCAACUGACUGAUGGUCAGUGGGACCCUCCUCAGAAAGCACUUGACGUAGCACUAGCAAAGUGACUAUUUAUUAUCUCGUGAGUAUAUUUAAAAACCUUUGCCGACUAUUAAACAUGAAUUAACCCUAUUUGUAUAAGUGUGUGGUGCUGGGGAUUGUACCCAAGGCCCCGUGCAUGCUAGGCAAGCACUCUAUUCCAGAGCUACAUCUCCAACUCAAACUAUUUAAAAUGAUGUUCUACCAAAGUGUUUACAAGCUGUUGAAAGACUUUCCAGGUUUGACGGGAAAUUCUUAUUUUUCACUAAAGGAGAAAUUCAAAAUGGUGUAUUCCCAAAUAAAAACAAUAAUAACAGCAACUUAGGGGCUAGAAAGAUGGUUAAGAGUGCUUGCUCCUUUUCCAGAGGGCCAGAGUUCAGUUCCCAGCACCCAUGUCAAGCAGUGAACAAUGCGUAUAACUCCAUCUUCAGUCAAACCAGCUUCUGAAGGCAGCCAUGCACAUAACUCCAAUACACACACACAUGACUAAAAAUAAAUAUACAAGAUAUGGCGUCUUAAUCAAAGUUUCUGAUACAUAAGAUUGAAUGAAUUUGACAAAUUUUAAAGGCAAUUGUCGUUUCAUCUUUAGAAUAACAAGAUCACAGGAUAAGUUGUGGGCAUUGUAGUUAAUUGUAUACAUUUUUGUCACAUACAGUUGCUUCUCUGUCAUUCGGCUUAAAAUCAAGCACCAUUUUUUGUCACAUGACACGUCCAACCAGAUAUUUGCAAAUGUUAGGUAAAAAUGAGUUUUCAGUUUCUCGGGUAUUUGUCACCUCGGAGACAAAGCCUGUGAAAACACAACUGAGAUAGAUGAUCACAUUAAUUUCUCAGUGGAACAAUUGGACGGUGCAGUGCACAGCUAAGGUAACAAAUGGCUGAAGUCUUUGGCCCCUAGCGAUCAUUUCUCUCCCCCGUCCUAGAUGACAGUGUGUGCCAGCCACUGUAAGGCACCUGUGUUAGUCGCUCUUCUGGCUGCCGUGCCUACAUUCCUGCCAAAAGGAACAUGAGGAAGAAAGGGUUCGUGUUGGCUCACAGUUUUAGGGUACCAUCCACUGCGUAGAGAAAAAUGGCAGCAGAAGCUUCACAGACAGGAAGCAGAGAGAUGAAUGCUGGGGCUCCACCUGCUUUCUCCCUGUGGGAUGGAGCUACCCGCACUCAGGGUGAGUCUUCCCUCCUCGGUUAAACUUCUCUGUUAACACCUUAGGCGAUCCCAAAUUCCAGCAGGUUGACAAUGAGGAUAACUGUCGCAGCAUCUCUCUGACUUUUCCUCUCCUUUCGUUACAUGGCAUCCCUCUUGUUUCCCUUCUUCUUGACGCUAAGUCGGUGGUUCUCAACCUGUGGGUCACGACCCCUUUGAGGGUUGAAUUAUCCUCUCACAGGGGUCACAAGACCAUCAGAAAACACACACGUUUGUGUUAUGAUUCAUAACAGUAGUAAAAUUACAGUUUUGAAGUAGCAAUGAGAAUUUUAUUGUUGGAGUCACUGCAACAUGAGGAGCCGUAUUAAAGGGUCGCAGCAUCAGGAAGGUUGAGAACCGCUGCUCUUGGUCUUAUAAAGGUGACGAUAUUUCUUGUGCUCUUGACAGAAACAGCGUCUGUCCCUGGCAGAUCUUAGCCCCAAUCCUGUAUAUUUUUAGCUGCUGGGGGGUGUUCCUGAGUUGCUUGGUAUCAGUGAGACGAGUUGUCGGGACAAUAACUUAGCUUAGAAUGCACUUGGACUCUGUCUAAAGCAGCGUUUAAGAACUGGACACCUGGAGGGAGAAACUGGACACCGAGUGUGCCGUCAAUGCCCACAGCUGAGGCAGAAGUCCUCGGAAAACAUCUCAUUCUCUUGACUUAUUUUUUUCGCUUUUCAGGGCACAGUAAGGAGGGUACUCUGACAUUUUUUGAGUCACCCCCCCCCCCAAAUCCUUCAGUUUAAUACUUUAUCUUCCUGUCAGUCUGAAAAUGUAUUAGUUUUGUUUUAUUUCAUUUGAUGUUUUUCAAUCUGGUUUUCCUUCCUUAAGACCCACUUGGGGAUGGCAUGGAGCCAGUUUGUGUAAGUUUGCUGGUUGUUCAGUUUUCAAGAAUUCUUUGAAUUAUUGUUCAACACAGCACUAUUAAAAAGUAAGCGAAGUCAGGUGUGGUGGCGCACACCCGUGUUCCUAGCACUUGGGGUGAGAGCAAGAUCAGUGUUGGCUACAUAGGAAGUGUGAAGCCUGUGCUACCUGUGACCCCGAGAACACCCUCCCUCAGCCAAAACAUCGUAAGUGACAUGCGCUUACAGUAGAUGAGUUUUGGAAAGGGCACGGUUAUGUUCCUGAGAUUACUGACUUAUGUUGUGCCUCUUUGGUGUAAACACCACAAUGGUGUGCUAUGGCACGGGUCUUCCCAGCUCUGUCAGCAUUAACUUCCUGGCCAUGGUGAAGAGUCCUUGGGAAUUAACAAUGUGUAAGACACUGGUUCCUUUCUUCCAUCAAGAUUGCUGGCUGAGAAGCAGACAUCAUUUCUACCUGGAAAUGGGUACGGUGUAUUUUAAUCUUAAUUUUUGGUUACUCUUGUUGCCAAAGGGAGAGUGCUAAGUCUCCUCCGCCCCCAUCGCUUACUUCAUAAAGAGCAGAGCCUCUUACAGGCUUCUGUGAAUAAGCCUUUUCCCUUUCCUCAUUCACUCUCUGGCCUUCAUUCCUAAGAAACUCUGACCCUCAGAGUGUUGUCUUCAGUCCCAUAUUGUGGAGAGAGGGUUACAGUUGUUGACAAACCCCCGGUAAAAAACAAGGAAAAAAAAAUCAGACGUGGAUCAUGGCUACUCCCUGUUACAAGGAGAUAUUAAUACUAUUAAAGCAAGAGAGUAGAAUAUUAUUUUUAAAAUCAUACUGAUUGUAUUUAAAAAUAUUUUAGCUUAUAAAAUGAGUUUAUAAGAUUAUUUAUUACUAAUUAGCUGUUUUGUCAUUAGGGAUUUUUAAGUAGCUUGUAAAGUGACAUUUCCAUUAGCAUUUACACAUUGAAGAUGACUGGUAGAAGGUAUAACAUACGUCUUGGGGGAGUGUAUCAAAUCGUUUAAUUCGAUGAGGACUGCACCUCUCCCCUGCCCAAAGUGGACCAUUAAUGUCAUCACGAUGACACAUAAUAUGUACAAAUUGUUUUUAUAUGUAUAUAUUUGGCUAGCUAGUGUUUUGAGAUAUUUGCUAAUGCCUGGAUAGCUGUUUGGAGGGAGCCCUGUUUCCCUAAGCCUGCUCCCUUGCCUUUACAGUUGUGCAGGACCAUAGUAAGAAGAAAAUCACUCAGUGGAUCUGGGGACAGAGGCUCUUUCCCCCCAGAUCCUUAGUCUUCCCCUUUUCAGAGCUGCUGCAGACCCAGCUUCCACAGGAAAUUACUCUGGAGCCUGCAGCUUCUGUCGCCGAUGUCUUGUCAUGGCACAUGCCGACGGAUGGCUUUUAGGAGAUCAAUUUCUCAAGUCUAGAAAUGCUAACUAGUUAGCAGUAUGAGUGCAUCUCUCCAUCUGCCUGGUAUGCGCAGAGGAAGCUCCUUCGACCUUUUCAGCACCAUCAAAUCCCCCCUCCCUGUGUGUGUGUGUGUGUGUGUGUGUGUGUGUGUGUGUGUGUGUGUGUGUAUGUGUGUGGUCAGGUAUCUACCUAGGUAUUUGGCUACAUCUGGACAACUGAUUGAAGGGGAGGCUCUCUCCCCAGAUCCACUCCCCUUCCCCUUUUCAGAGCUGCUUCCAGACCCGGGUCCCACGGGAAAUUACUCUGGAGUCUGCAGCUUCCGUCACCGGCCAUCACAUUCACAGUUGUGUGGCGGAAGACUCUUAGGAGAGUCACUGGAUUAUUCCCCCAUGCGAUCCUCCUGUAUGCCUGAAGUAUGUAUCCUUUCAUACUUAUGAAAGUCAAACAGCCCUCCCCCUUCCAUCUCUGUAGGACACACUGUAUAUAAACAUUUUGUACAUAAAGAUCACCAAAUACUGUAGUGAGGUAUUUAGCUACAAGUGGCUCAUGGAUGGAUGGGACCAUGCUCCCCCCCCCCCCGCCCCUCUCAAGGUUGUUGCGGGCCCAGGUCAGAGAAUCACGUGCCUGGGGGCGGGGCAGGGGCUGCUCAUCACCCAUCUCUCAGCACACAGCUCACCUUCUGGUAGAAGCCCAUCCCCACGUUAGAGCUCAGAAACUAUCCCAGUGCCUGUACCCCUGGAGCCAGCUUUCCUAGAGGAAGACUGGAACACCAGACCACGAACAGCUGCUUCUCCUCCACCUGGAGAUGCGGCCCCUGGCGGGCACCAGCACAUGGAAGCCACCACCUUCCCAAUAACCGCCACAAGACACUUCUGGUGCACAGAGCUUAGACCUGGCCUGAAAGCGUGCUCUCACAUUCAGACAGUCCUGUAGGACUGAUAAAAGUGUUUGAACAGACUUCCCUUUUUCACGGCUGAAACUUGCUCUGCCCUCUCCUAGAUACUGUGACAGAGACAAGAAACAUAGGAAUUCUGGGCUGAGAAGUUUGAGCAGGUUUUAGGGAUGGGAUGGUAGACAGUGCCUUUUCGCAAAGUAGUGACUGAAUUCAUUUACUUUUCAGUUCCCACACCCCUGCUACUCACUCUGUUCUCAGUUAAAAGACUGAGACACACAUACAGGAAAGGUACAAAAGCUUUGUAAAUAUCAGGCUGACCCCAGUGGGUAAAUCACAGAGCAGCCUUUUAGAACUACCUGGCUGGAGAAAAGUGCCCAAAACCUCCAUGUUCAUUUUUUUUUCCCUUGUACCCCAGUUCUAGAUCUGACUGUACUUUGCACCGUGGCUCAAGAUUCUUACAAAGUGAAAGGGCUGGGAACUUAAUAUUUAAAUUAGUUUAAUGGCAGAACUCAGUUCUGUUCAUCAGCCUCUUAAUGGAACCAUCAGUCGAUAGAUGAGCCACAGGUUGCAAAUUGUUAAGUCUGUAUUUUGGGCACUGUUUUAGAAACAGUAUAUGGGGGCUGGAGAAAUGGCUCAGAGGUUAAGAGGCUGCUCUUCCAAAGGUCCUGAGUUUAAUUCCCAGCACACACAUGGUGGCUCACAACCAUCUAUAAUGAGAUCUAGUGCCCUAUUCUGGCAUGCAGGUGUACAUUCAAGCAGAAUAGUGUAUACAUAAUAAAUCUUUUUUAAAAAGGAAACAGUAUAUGAAUCAGAGGUUAUGUCUGUUUAGGAGACAUUGUUGGCUUGGAGAGGGUGAAGGAGAGGGCAUGAAGUUAUAAGUAGAAAAGAGCAACCAGCUAACCAGGCUCUGCUGGCUGUGUCUUGUGGCAGUCAUUUGGAGCAUGUUGGCUCAGCUAUUUGGUAUGGUGACUGGGUACCAUACCAACAGAUUAGGAGGCUAAAUCCCAAUCCCAUUACUAACACUUAGCAGGUUUGUGAUCAUGGGCAAUUCAUUUAAUUGCCUGCCAAUUGUAGACUAUAUGGGGGAUGAGCACCGGAAGUGGAGUCAGGUGUUCAGGUCACUUGAUUCCAUGAUCUCUUGGCUGGGUGACUUUGGGGAAGCCACUGGCUCUCUCAAGCCUACCGUUCCUUGGCUAUUAAGUGAGAAUAGUAUCUUCACAAACUACCUCACAGAACUGUAGUGAGAGAAUAGAAUCAGAUGAUUGGAUGAAAACACCAUAGAAACUAGAAAGCACUGUACAAAAAAAAAAAAAUAGAUAGCUUUUAUCAGUUCACAAGUGUUUGCCACUGCCUCUGAGUCUGUUUUAUUCUGACCAAUGGUUCAUCUUUUGGAGUGGAGUAAAUUGAAGCAUGGGUCUGAUACAAGGGACCAGAAUUCUUUCACUUUAAACAUAGAGAUGAGAGAGGUGGUUGAUGGUAACAGUGGGUGCUAUAGUUCAAUGGCACACAUGAGAGGUUGUUUUUGCUGGGCCGUUUUGAAAGGGCUGGGCUGUUUUGAAAGGGCUGGGCCGCAACUCUGUUAGGUAGCGUGCUUGCCUAGUAUGUACAAAGUCCUGGGUUUUAUCCCCGGCACUUUAUAAAUAAUGCAUGCCAGCACUAGCCCGUAAUCCCAGUGUUCAAAAGGUGGAGGCGGAAGGAUCAAAAGCUCAGAUUCAUCCUUGGCUACAUGGUGAAUUUGAGACCAGCCGGGGCUACAUGGCAUCUAGUCUCAAAAAAUAAAAUAAGCUCCUUUAGGAAGUGGUCCCAAUCCUUGUAGAUGCCAGACCCAAGAGGGGACCUCAAACAGUGGUGAAGAAUUUAGGUAAGAGUGCUACUGCCUUCCUAUCAUCACUAAAAGUGAUGGAGGCUAAGACUGAAGGUUCUGCUGGCGACUUUGGAGAGCAUCUCCUCGGGGCUCCAAGAAUGUUCAUGCCUAACAUCUGUCUACAGCGGGCCAGCUCUGACACUGGGGAGGAGAAAGCCCUCCGGGUCUGCAGCUACCCAUCACCAGCAACUCGGCCCUGGUCAGUUCUUUAUUUUGGUCAAGAAAAGCACUGGAGCCUUGCCUCACAGGGAUGGUGUCUCAUCAGUCCUUGUAUCUUUGGUACCAUCUAAUAUGAUACCAUGUACAUAGUAGGUGCUCAAUCAAUGUUGCUUGUACUUCAUUAUCCCCCAGGCCUACAAGAAUUAAACUGUUUACAACCAUGUAUGAUAUAGAUAUAUUUAAUCAUACUGAUUUGGAUGCCAGCUGUAUGUGGCCUUGGACAAGAUUUUGCCAUCUAUCUUAUCUUCAUUUCAUCUAUAUAACUGUGCUCUCUAAAGCCCCUUCUAGAUCUGAAACAUUACAACCCUGUGAUUAUGAACAUGGAUGGAUAAUGUAGCCACAGCAGCUCCAGCUCUUUCGAGGAACGUUCAGCAGACAGAUGUUUGUUCCUUUUCAGCAGUGUUUAAUAGUAGUUCUUGAAGAGCAGACUCUUCAGAAACACCACUUCGGGACUAGCUCAGUGGCGGAGCAUUUCCUGGCAUGUAGAUUCAAUCCUAAGCACUACAAAAUAAAAAAAGCUUCAAGUCUUGGGACGCUUCCCUUGAAAACUGAAAGGAUACCUUUUUUCUCUUCCUUCCUUCCUUCCUUCCUUCCUUCCUUCCUUCCUUCCUUCCUUCCUUCCUUUCUUUCUUUCUUUCUUUCUCUCUCCCUCCCUCUCUCUCUCUCUUUCUUUUUUUUCUUGGCUGCCCUGGGCUUGCUUCGUAGACCAGGCUGGCCUCGAACUCACAGAGAUCCACCCUCCUCUGCCUCCCCGAGUACUGGGAUUACAGGCGUGCACCAUUGUGCCCGGCUAGGAUCUCUUAAUAUAUAAAAUAUUUUUCUCCUUAGAAUCAGAGGGAAAGAAAGGGGGGAAAUGCAAAGAAAGAAACUGACCAGUAUAAUUUUUGUAGGCUCUUACUUAAUGUCUGUGUAUUUGCAUUUCUAAGCACAUAUUGUUGCAUACCAGGAGACAAUCAAAAGCACACUGUGUGUUAAAAGAAACUGGCCCAAGAUUUAAACUUCAGUGAACACAAUCUAGAUCCGGGUAGACCGAAAUUGGCCAAGUGGAAAAAGAAGAUGGAUAGAAAGUACACUUCCUGAGUCAUGUUAUUUGAGUACCAAAUGUUAGCCAGGACAAUCUUUAUUUCAAUUAUUCUAAGCCAGGCAUGGUAGUGUGCACUUGUAAUCCCAGCACUUGGGAGGUGGAGGCAGGAGGAUCAGAAGUUCCAGGUCAUCUUUGGCAGCACAGCAAGUUCAAAACCAGCCUGGGAUACAUGAGACUUCAUCUUAAAGUUUAAAAUAAAUAGAUGAAUAGAAUAAAAUAAUUCUUAUCUCUGCCUCUUUCUUUUUAAAAACAAAACUGUGUACAUGAAAAAGCAUAUUUAUAUUUUAAGUAAGCCUUUAUUUUAAUCUUGUUUCAUGUUUCUCAGAAAACAGGCAGCAUUUUCACUGCACAUAAAAAUGUAAAAUACGUGCAUGCCACCAUUCAUAAUGGCUUACCAGUCCUAUGCCUGUGGAGUGUGACCUUAUGUGUAUUGUUGCCUAUUUUGUGUUGAAGAGACUAAGGGACAUAAUACUCUUGUAAACUUGUAAACUUUAUUGGUAACGUUUGUUUACUUAAGCGGAUACUGAAAAGCCACAUGGCUUUAUUUUUCAUUUGAUACUUUUUGAUCAAAACUACAUGGUUGGUUAAUUCACUAGGACACUAAAGACUAACUUGCCUUUUAAAUGUGAAGUUGAACAUCUUGUGAAAAUUAAGUGUGAAGUAAAAAAAAAAAUGUAUGAAGUGUAAACUAAUAUUAUCCUCAUAAUCCUCAUAAUAAGGAACCCCAUUGGCUCAAAAAAGGUGCAGUUUGGGUCCCGUUGGGAUUAGCCUCCCAGAGCUAAUGAUGCGCUAAAUAUAAGCUGUUUUAAUUAACCAAGAUCUUUCUGCUUUCAAAGA